AGAAUGGACCUCUGCGAUGACCCUUCGACAUCCCAGAUAGUGGCUGUACUCGAGUUACCGGGUAUGCGCAAGGAGGAUAUUCGCCUUGAGAUGCAGAAUGGGUCAUUAGAGCUGCAACCCUCCCUGAAGCCCAAGUCUAUCUCCGUCUCUCGGUAUCCGAUUCAAGAGCUUAAAUACGGCAAGUUCGAGCGGACCAUAAGACUUCCCUUUGGCAUCGAGGCUCAACCGAAUGUUGUUACUGCAACUAUGCAUGACGGCAUGUUGACGGUGUCCUGGCCACGGAGGAUGCAAUCCGAGCCAUGUCAACGGAUCGAGAUCAACUGA